UGGUCUGCCAAAGUGAUUUUUUUUUUCCGUUGAGCGAUGGUGAAAUUCAAAAUUCUCAUGGAUUCUGGGUGCAACAUCUAUGGCCUACACAAAGCACACUGACCGACUAAGCCCUAUCUUGGCAAACGAGCUGGGCUCCUCCACCAUUAAAUUCUCAUAAAGCUAAUAAAUACGGUUACGGAAUGACAGAAUCAAAAGGACAAAUGUAAUACUCGUCAGUUAUUACCCUUCUCUCCUCAAAUUCAAAAAAGUCUAUUUCUCUCUCAAAUUUUCGAGUUUUUCCUUUUUUUCUAGACUAGUGCUUUCAAAUCUCCAUUACUCUCUAUAAAUCUAUUCUUGCUUGAUUCUCCCACCAUAAAACUUUGCGUCUCUUCCCGUAAGAAACCAUGACAAAGUCCAUAAAAAUUCCAGAUUGUUAUUACCCAAAAGAGCCAGCUUUCGUUACUCCAAGCGGCCAGACUCCCAACCAUUCAAUCUACCUCUCGAACCUGGACGACCAGAGAUUUCUAAGGUUCUCCAUCAAGUAUUUGUACCUAUACAAAAGAUCCGUUGGAGUCGAUAGCCUUCAGGCUUCUCUAUCUAAAGUUCUUGAGGAGUUUUAUCCGUUGGCUGGAAGACUGAAAGCUAGCAGCUUUGAUGCGGAGAAGCUGGAGUUGCAAUGUAAUGGUGAAGGGGCUUUGUUCGCGGAGGGUUUUGCGAACAUCUCUGUUGAUGAAUUUCUUGAGGCAUCACUGAGGCCCAACAUAUCAUGGAAGAAGUUAUUGUAUAAGGUUGACGAUAAGAGCUUCGUUAAUAUUCCUCCUCUGGUCAUUCAGGUGACUCAUCUUCGUUGUGGUGGCAUGAUUCUCUGUACUGCAAUAAGCCACUGUAUCUGCGAUGGGAUCGGAACAGCGCAAUUCUUGCACUCAUGGGCACAUAUCACAACAAAGCCAAACACAGCACUACCAGUCUCCCCUUUCCAUGGUCGCCACAUGCUAAAGCCGAGAAAUCCUCCACAAAUAUCCUCCUCGCAUCCAGAAUUCACUCACCCUGCAUCACAAGGAACUGUAUCGGCUCUCCUCACACAAUUCCUGCAAUGUCAACAACUUGUUCCUGUCUCUGCAACUUUUACCGCGUCCCAAAUCCUUCAGAUCAAGAAGCUAUGCAUCCCUUCCCUCAAAUGUACUUCCUUUGAGGCCCUUGCGGCACACGUGUGGAGAUCAUGGGCCAUGGCGCUGGAUUUGCCGCCUUCCCAUAAAGUGAAGCUUUUGUUCUCUGUAAAUGCUCGGAGCAAACUGGAACCUCGGCUUCCGAUGGGAUUCUAUGGAAAUGGUUUUGUGCUUGCCUGUGCGGAGACCGUGGUGGAGCAACUUGUGAGAUCGAAUCGGCAUUAUAGUGUGAAGCUGGUUAAGGAGGCUAAGGAGAAUGUGAAUGAUGAGAUGGUGAGGUCGGUGAUUGAUAUAUUGGAGGAGAGGAAGAUGAAGCCAGAUCUGUCGGCGAGCCUUGUGAUUUCUCAGUGGUCUAAGCUUGGGCUGGAGGAUUUGGAUUUUGGGGUUGGGAGGCCUCUUCAUAUGGGUCCUCUUUCAAGUGAAAUAUACUGCAUCUUUCUGCCUGUGGUUGAAGAUUUUCAUGCAUUCACAGUUUUGAUGUCAGUCCCGGAGAAAGCGGCUGAAAAUUUUGAGAAAUUCCUCAAGGCGUAUUAGUAUUGCGGAGCCUGAUAAGAAUUAUUAUAAUUUCUGAAAGGCAAAUAAAACAUUGCAUGAAUCCUGAAAAUAUAAUAAGAAUUGACUUACUAGAAUGAGCACGAAAGAUUUGAUUGGGACU